AUGGCGGAAGACACAGUUGCCAAAAUCAUCGUCAACAGCCUCUACAAUGCCGGUGUCCGCCUUGUCUUUGGGGUCCCUGGGGCUAAGAUCGAUGCAAUAUUUGACACACUUCAAGACCAUCCUGAGAUUAAGCUCGUCGUCGCUCGUCAUGAGCAGAACGCUGCCAUGAUGGCUGCUGCUGUUGGCCGUAUCACUGGCCUUGCCGGAGUCUGCAUAGCAACAUCUGGUCCGGGAGCAAGUAACCUGGCGACCGGAUUGCUGACCGCAACCACUGAGGGUGACCCUAUCGUUGCCCUCGUAGGCUCGGUGAGUCGGCUCAUGGCGAGAAAACAUACACAUCAAUCCAUGAGGGCUCUCGAUAUCCUCGGACCCACAUCGAAGACUGCCGUUGCGAUUGAUGUCGAAGAUCAAGCCGCCGAGGUCAUUUUGAACGCAUUCCGAUCUGCUUCGACCUCUCCCAAAGGCCCCGCGGUCAUCAACAUCCCCAUCGACGUCUCUAAAGGCAAAUCCAAGAUCCCCUCGUUUCCGUCCCACGCCUUCCUCCCUCCCUACUAUGGUCCGGCUCCGCCGCAGCGUCUUGACGAAGUCGUGCAGAUGAUCCAAAAUGCAAAACUUCCCGUGCUCUUCCUAGGCAUGAGAGCCAGCAGUCCCAGAGUUGUUGACGCUGUUCGCCAGCUGCUGUCCAAAUUCCCCCUUCCUACUGUCGAGACUUUUCAAGCGGCGGGUGCGGUGCCCAAGGAACUCGUCCACCUUUUCUACGGCCGCGUGGGCCUGUUCCGAAAUCAGGUUGGUGACAAACUACUGGCCAAGUCCGACCUCGUUCUCGCGGUGGGAUAUGACCCCGUCGAGUAUGAUGCCAACGCAUGGAAUCCACGUGGUACGGCAAAGGUUGUUCACAUUGACUUCACCGCCUCUGACUACGGCGCAUUUUAUCACCCGGUGACGGAACUCCUCGGUUCUAUCUACGAGAACGUGCUGUAUCUCGCGCAGCACUUGAAAAAGAUCUCCGAAUCUUCCAUCUCGGAGCUCUGUCGGGGGCUGUCCGAGGAGUACGCUUUGUGGCGAGAGCAGCCAGAGGUGAAACGAGAUUCGGGCCUCGUCCAUCCUCUGCACUUCAUCGCGGCCCUCCAGAGCAUGGUCGCAAAAGACACGACAGUUUGCGUCGAUGUUGGCACUGUUUACAUUUACAUGAUGCGGUUCUUCUUUGCCUAUGAACCGCGUCGGCUUCUUUGCUCGGACGGACAGCAGACACUGGGCGUGGGCCUGCCAUGGGCUAUUGCGGCAUCACUCGUUCAGUCCCCACCUUGUUCCGAGAAAGUGGUCUCACUGAGUGGCGAUGGCGGUUUCAUGUUCUCAUCGCAAGAGAUGUCGACCGCGGUCCUGCAAGGGUGCAAUAUCACCCAUUUCAUCUGGAAUGACCAAGCUUACAACAUGGUCGAAUUUCAAGAGGUGAUGAAGUACGGACGAAGUAGCGGUGUGAAGCUGGGAGGAGUUGACUUUGUCAAGUUUGCGGAGAGUUUUGGUGCUCGAGGUUUCAGGAUUCGUGAUUCCUCGGAGGUGGAAAGCGUGAUGAAUCAGGCUUUGGCUCACAAGGGAGUGUCACUCGUUGAUGUGAACAUCGACUAUUCCGAGAACUUGCAGCUGGCACAGCACAUUAUUUCGGAUGAGUGGAAUUGA